CAGUGUCUUCAGGAGGCGAACCAACAUGUCGCUUUACGAUGGAGUCGACAUCGAUGGUGUGCCUAUGCAAUCAAAUUCCACCGAAGGAACUGAUAUUACCAAGCUUUCUGGGUGGUCGUCAAGUUACAAACUUCUACAGACUCAGUUACAGAGGAAGAAAGUUGCACAGACCAGACCAGUGUCAGCAUCUCGACCAAAAUCAGUCAAUCAGGUAGUUUUGGGCAAUAAGAGACAAAAUGAAGAUUUGGAGGAUUCAAGUUCAGAUCUUGAUGGCAGAGAAAUGGUGGACGUGGACGUACAAAAAGUUCCAGAACCCUUCAUUGAGACAGAAGCAUCACUUGCUAUUGUAGUUGAUGAGUACGAUCCAAUGAGACCAAAUGAAUACGAAGUUGUCAAGGCAAAGUUUAGAGAAGACAAAGAAAACGAGAGAGGUGACAGAGGUGAAAGGUCAGAGAGAACAGAAAGUCGAGACAGAUCACGAGGAGAUCGGGAUUAUGACAGAGAUAGGCACAGAGACCGUGACCGUGACAGAGAUCGUGAUAGAGAUCGUGACAGGGACCGUGACAGGGACCGUGACAGAGAUCGGGAGAGGGACCGGGACAGAGAUCGUGACAGAGAUCGAGAUCGCGAUUACCACAGAGACAGGGGCAGAGAUAGAGGAAGACGCCGUGGUGAUGACGAUGAUGACAGCUAUGGAAGAGAGUCAUCUCGUCCAAGUUUUGGUGGAGGGGCAGCAAUUGCUCCUCCUCCCUCUCUUAUGCAGGACACACAAGUGGAGCCUCCCAUGGAACAGCGCUGGCCAGUUUCUAGUGGUGCAGAUUUUAAUCCUACAGGAGAAAAACCAAAAGUUGGUUUUGCAGCCAGUCCUGUUGCAUCUCAAAUCAUGGCUAAAUACGGAUGGAAAGAUGGACAAGGUUUGGGAAAACAGGAACAAGGAAUCAACACUUGUUUACAAGUGGAGAAAACUAGUAAACGAGGCGGCAAGAUAAUCGACAAAGACAAAGAAUCAAAAGCUGCUGCUCUUCAGGACACAGAGCCGGUAACAAAUGUCAUGAAGAAUCCAAGUAAAGUCGUUGUUCUUAGAAACAUGGUAGGCCCUGGUGAAGUAGACGAAGAGUUGCAACCUGAAGUUGUCGAAGAAUGCGCCAAAUACGGCGAGGUUGUCAAAGUCAUUAUUUACGAGUUUCCCCAAGGAGCGCAGGUCGAAGAGGAAUCUGUGCGAAUUUUUGUGGAAUUCCAGCGGGUGGAGUCUGCUAUAAAAGCUCUUGUGGACCUCAAUGGACGAUUCUUUGGUGGACGUACUGUUAGAGGCGCCUUCUUCAACCUGGACAAGUUCAGAAGACUCGACCUCAUGGCUGAUCUUUGAUCCACAAAGAACCUCAUUCUUAUAAGGAACGUUUGUGUGUUUGUCACGUGUUCAGUCGAGGAAAUGAGUACCUGGACGACAUCCCAUCUCGGAGAAUUUACUGAGCCGGCAUUUUAUGACACCGGAGUUGCUAAGCAACACGACCUGUCCUCAUUGCGGCAGGCUGGCAAGUGACAAUUUUCCGGGAGUACUCGCGAGUGGGUGUACUUGUUUUUGAUUGGUUAAUAAAGAUUGGAAGCCCUUAGAAUGCUUCAAUGCGAUUUGUCCAAUUGAAAACAACUGUUCUCUCGACUAAGGUUCGAUGCUGCAAUGAAGAGAUGAAUGAACUAAGAUGUAAAACUCACUCAACUAUCGUCUUCAUUUUUAUAGCGGACUAAUUCUGAUCAAAGGCAGAACGUUUCACUAUCAACAAUCUAUAGUUGAAAAUAAGAAGUAGACAGAGACCAAUGGAAUAAAGAUAGUUCUGCUA